AUAAAAUUAGUAAUCUCACAGUUCUCCAUUCUGAUUUUGGGUCCCAAAAGUUUUCGGAAAAAUGUCUCAGAAUCAGGUGAUGGGAGAUGGCAAUCCAGAAGAGGAGGAAAGAAUGGUUUCUUUAAGAAAGAUACAAAAUCAAAGGGGCAUUCUCCAGUGAACCAAGCCAAAAAAUUGCUCAGCAGAGCACUCUACCAACAAUCAACAAUCAACAGAAAAAACAACUAACCCAAAACCAGCAACUAUACAAGCUACUCUCUAAUACCUAGAGUCAAAAAUACGAGUAAAGAAGCGCCAACGAGAGCAGAGGGCCUGAUUAAGUCCUAUUCUCUUCACUCCUCUCCAAGAACUAAUACAAGCUCUAACCUCUGUGCAAAUCUGAGCUUCCAAACCCCGCACAUCCAAGCCUCUAUGCUGUUGGUAAUUUUGUGGGGAUUUUUGUUAGGAUUCUUCUAAUUUGUUAGCUUUUUCUACGCGGUUUGUUUGGAUUAAUUGCAAUUGUUUGAAGCUCUCUCUUCGUUUUCUUCUUCUUCUCCGGAGAAUCUAUGCACUGCUAAGCUACAACUGGAAAAUCAAAUGAGAAUCUAACUGGGUUUUCCCAAAAACUGUAGCUUGAAUUGUUCCUAUCAUGUGAGACUUUUGACUAUUCUUUCACUUCUAGUUCUCGCAAUUGUUCUUGAUUUGUCAGGAAAGAGCUGGAGGUUCUUGUGAUCCCACUUGUCGACGGAAGGAUCAACAAAGUUCUGAAGGAAACCAUUGUGCCCAUGUUUUCUAGAAUUGUCAAUGAAGCAGUUGAAUUGGCAGCAGAAAAGCUUUUGGCUCACUUGAUGUAUAAUUCUGGAAGUGGACUACACUCUUCAGAAUCAAGAAGCCUCCAACUAGAGUUCAUGGACAAGCUCUCCCUGCCAGUAUAUACUAAUAGACCAAUUCAAGGUGAAGGUCCUACCCCUUUGAGAGUAGCUUUAGUCGAUGGUAUUACCAAACAAGUUGUUAGCUCUGGGGCUGAAGCAUUUGCAAAAGUUGAGAUAUUAGUCAUUGAGGGAGAUCUUGACAGUGACCAGUGGAGUCCUGAAGAAUUUCACAAUAUGAUUGUCAGAGAAAAGGAAGGGAAAAAAUCUCUUCUUACUGGAAAUGUGUAUCUGAAUCUGGAAGAAGGCAUUGGAUAUGUACGUGAUAUUUCUUUUACUCAUAAUGCAAAUUGGAUGAAGGUCUGUGAGCUCCGUCUAGCUGCAAAAGUCGUGGACACCGUUAAUGGGACUAGAGUAAGAGAAGCAGUAACAGAACCAUUUGUCGUUAAGGAUUAUCGCGUCACCUAUAAUGAGAAGCACUACCCACCUUCUCUAAAUGAUGAGAUUUGGCGUUUGAAAAAGAUUCGCAGAGAUGGUGCUUUUCAUAACCGUUUGGUUACUGAAAACGUCAAAACCGUGAAGGACUUUCUGACUCGGUACUUUAUAAAUCCUCAAAGCCUCCAAAAUAUCCUUGGGACUUCUAAAACGUGGGAAGCCAUAGUGGAACAUGCUCGAACAUGUAUACUUGAUAAGAGCUUGCUUCUCUAUUUUCCCGUCAGCUCUGAGACAAAAUCUGGUGUGGUUUUCAACGUCGUGGGGCAAGUGAUGGGAUUAAUUUCAGAAUGCUGUUAUGUCCCAAUUGAUAAGCUCUCUGAAGACCAAAAGGCUGUCGCCAACAACUUGGUGGUAUUUGCACUUGAACACAUGGAAGUUGUUAUGUCUUUUGCCGAUGAGACUCAUUUUCAUUCUCAUUUGCAGUCACUCAACUAUGCUUACCCUUCAAACUCACCGAGGUUGGAGAAUCCUAGCCACUAUGACUGUGAACCUUCUCAUACCCACUAUGGACAUGACCAUACACAACCAAGUACUUCUUCCCACAACAAUGAAGUAGUACCUUUCCACUUAUCUGAUGCUGCUAACCCUGCAAAUAUUCCAACCACCGAUUCUCUGGGCAUCAUGUCAUCUAAUCCAUCUUUUGAAAAUGCAAGUCAUUUGAAUGAAUAUGGCUUGCAAAAUAUUGGGGAGGAGGAUCUUGGCUCUGUGAUUUUUCCAGGAAAUUUGUUUAAUCCCUCUAUCUGUUAUACAGAGUCCACUAGUCAGACCUUCUGUGAGAAUCAGCAUUUACAGUUAAUCGAUAUUGAUCGUUCUUUUCAUUAUCAGUCCAUGAAUUCUGAAGCACAGGAUGAUCUGAGCCGUAUUAUCAAUGGCUUUUGGUCAUCUCGUGCUGCUGAUGUUGCUAAAGCUCAGAGAAAAUGGUCAAUGUUAUAUAGUGUGCUGAGGUCUAAAAGGAAGAUUGCCGCAUUGAAGCUUGUUUCUUCAGAAGCAGUGCUUGCUUCAAAGAGGCCAAAAAUCUAUGAAGUGUAGAAAAUCGUUAGUUGUUAGGUGCGUUUACAUUUCUAAGAAGUGCUGCCCAGGUAAAGACUGUUUUGCAGUUUUAAAGUAUGAUAUGCUGGACAUUUAGUGCGAGAUACACUUAACUGAAUGUUGUCGGUUUCAGGCUCAUAGCUACUUAGGAAGUCUGUUAAAUGAUUGGUUUAGUAACUUUUGAAUGUUAUGUAAAUUAAGUUCAAUUAUUGAAGCUU